ACUUUCGCUGAAUCGUGAUAGUAAAAAUAGAAGAAAUCGGAAUAAUGCCAUGGCUAGAAACGAAGAAAAACAAUUAGCAAGAUUGAACAGGUUUUACUUACAGCAACAAAAAGAUGAACAAUUGAAGAAAAAACCACCAAGACCAAAACUUAAUGACCUUUACUCAGCAGAUGAAGUAAAGAAAUGGCUGCCAUCAAUUAAAGAAGACAUAAACUACUACCUUGCACAAUCGUCUGUACCUUGUUACCCACAGAAACAAAUAGAAGAGUUUAAUAGAAGAAUAGAUAAAUUACAAGGAGAAUAUCGAGCCUUCCUUCGCAAAUUGCGCUUUCUUGAUCCUGAUAUUAAGAGCACCCCAUGGACCAACAGACCUUACAGCUCAAAAAGAUCCAAAAUUAAUUCAGCAAAUCAAAUUAAUGAUUCUGGUGAUACAGUUUUAUCCGAAUCGUCAAAUGAGAAGAAAAGCAAACUUUCUGUAGAUUUGUUAAUACCAACUCCAGUAUUAGAUAAUGAUAAUAGUUAUAAAACAGAAUAUGGGUAUCAAGAACAAAAAACUAUUAUUCCUAGUGUGAAUUUUGAUUUGCAGGACGAACCCUUACAGUUUGAUCAAAUAAAUAUGCCAGCAAUAACAUGGGCAACAAAAAUCAGUAGACAAUCAGCAAAUCAUGAUGAAAAGAACAUUAGAUCCACUGUAGGAACAUGCUCUAGCAACAUGGAAAUUCCAGAAAACAGACAUCAGAGUGUUAAUAUAACAAAUCAUAAAGAAAAGAAUUCUUUUCUUUGUGAUCAAAUGACAGAAGACAAUUUAAUUAAAGACAAUACAGAUAAAGUGAAAAUAUCGUCAUCUUUAGAUUUUUUAUCAGUGUAUAUUGACAGUGAUUCUGAAGAUGAUAAUAUGUGAUAAUAUAAAUUGUAGAAAUCA